GGCGAGUGCUGAGACGGUAACAGACUUCCUAUUAGUUACUCCGUACCAUCCUCGUCUCGGUCCGGAUCACUCGCUGCUAUUCGUGCCUAGGUACCCUUAUAUCCUCCUAUCUCGACCCGCGUUUCUUGCGUGACGGCGCCUCAUCCUCGGGAGCCAGGACAGUCAGUUAGCGCUCACACCUACCCACCAGUAGCGAUGGGCGACAAGUCCAAGGCCAACAAGGCCAACGAGGCCGUCCGUCCGUCCCGUGGUUUCUCGCUCCCGUUCGCCGCUGCAGCAGCAGCAGCCAUUAGCGUGGUGCUCGCCAUUGUUUGGCCCAGCAUUGGUCCAUACGUCUUUAGCACCCUGCAAUCGACAGUCGACAACCUCGGUUUCGGUCUGGGUCCCGAAGCACUUGCGUCGACUACCUGUCACCGGUUAAAGGCAGAAUUGGAGUCCAUCAUCACACUGCCGUCAGAGCCGACAUACACCGCCCUAACCCAAGAGAACUGGUCCCAUUCAUGUUGGCUGCCGGCCGCAUGUGUGGCGCAACCAGCCCGCGCCGCAGACGUGCAAGAGCUUGUAUCGACUCUUGUUGCUGCCAAAGUUCCCUUUGCCAUCCGGUCCGGGGGCCACUCGCCGAGUCCCCGCGACGCAUCCAUCGGCCGAACCGGUGUCUUGAUCGCGUUGGACAAGUUGGACCAGAUUACCUACGACCCGUCGACGACGCAGGUCACGCUUGGCGCCGGCGCCAAAUGGGACGCCGUCUACACGGUGCUGGACUCGCACAACGUCGCCAUGGUCGGCGGUCGUGUCAUGCCCGUGGGUGUCGGCGGGCUAACUCUUGGGGGCGGCUUGUCGUACCUGUCAGAUCUGCACGGGUUGGUCUGUGAUAAUGUCGCCAGCUUCGAGGUGGUGCUAGCUGACGGCAGACUGGUCGAAGCCAGUGCGACGUCGCAUCCACAUCUGUUCUGGGCGCUCAAGGGGGGCUCCAACAAUUUCGGGAUCGUCACAUCCUACCGGGCUGCCACGUACCCGAUCAAGGACUGCUGGGGCGGCAUGCUGGUCUUUGGGCAGGACCAGCUUCCCGACGUGCUCCAGGCCUACAACGAGUACCAGCACACCCCCGAGAAGGAUCUGCAGGCCAACCUGGUGCUCAAUAUCGCCGUGACCAAUGCAUCAGUGCUCCUGACUCUGGUCUAUCUGCAGCCUGUGGAGCGCCCUGCAGCGUAUGCGCCCUUCUACAAGCUGACUCCGGCCGCCGAUCUCACCGGAUUCCACACACUGCAUGAGAUCAUGGCCAUGUUUCCGCUACCGAACGUGCAGCAAAAGAUGUGGUACACCAGCUCCUUCGAGCCCAGCCCGUCCAUGUUUACAGGACUCGCCGACAUCUUCAGGACCGCACCCGAGGUGUCGCAGCUCGCCGAGCUCACGGCAGGGACCAUGAUCCUUACCCUGCAACCGAUCCACCCCAACGUUGUCCACCAGGGAGAAGCGAAGGGCGGCAAUGCGCUUGGCCUGGAACCGCGCACGCAGACAUGGUUCGGCCUCAACUACGGCUGGUGGAAUGCCGAAGACGACGCCACCGCCUUGCGCCUGGUGCCGGCCAUCCAUCGCCGCGUCCAGGACCUGGCCAAGCGCGAGCACGUCUGGCUCAAGUACAUCUUCAUGAACGACGCAUUCCACCGGCAGCCUGUCAUUGCCUCUUACGGACGCGACAACGUCGACCGGCUCCGAGCGGUGCAGCACCAGUAUGACCCGCACCUGGUCUUCCACAAACUGGUGCCCGGGGGCCAAAAGAUUCCCGCGUGAAUCCUGAUCCGUCCAUGCAUGUGGCUGAGCUCCAUCUCACAGUGUCAUUUGUAUCCGCCCGAGCCGGGCAUGAUCCGGACUAGUAGUUGUAGGAUUAGUGUUGCUUAUAUACGCUCUUACAUGGCUU